AGAUCAGAAGGGUGUUGAAACCAGGCGGUCUUUACUUAUUCGUCGAGCAUGUUGCUGCUCGUGAUGGCUCUCUUCUCCGAUGCGUGCAGAGCAUUCUUGAUCCACUCCAGCGGUUCGUUUCAGAUGGGUGUCAACUGACUAGGGAAACAGGGAUGCUAAUUUCAGAAAAUGGAUUCUCUAGUGUGGACCUUAACACUGCAUUCCUGUCAUCUGCCGCCUUGUUAGGUCCCCAUGUAUAUGGAAUAGCUCGUAAAUAACAUCUACAUCGUUAUUGCUCUCUUUCUGGUCUCUUGUAAUGUAUUAUUAUUCUUCUCUUCCUAUUGAAGAGGAUAUGACAAUGCCCCUUGAAUGACCCGUUUUUUUCUGGUGCAAAGUUGACCCAAUUCUUAUAGUAGAAGAAUCGUCUACCUUCACCUUUUUUCUUUUUUCUUUUUUUUCGUGUGUGAAGAUAAUGUACUAGGUGACAAGGGAUCAAACUAUUAGUGCCUUUUUGGGCAUGUGUGCAUGGGCCCAUUAACCAACUGGUUUAGAGUUUUGGAUGCAUCAUCCAGUAAUUGAAUAAGAAAUCUCUUCUUGUUGCUGAGCAGAGAGAUGGGAUCACCAUACUAGGCUUGAUUCCAUAAACAACUCUAUUUUAAAUGAAAAAUGGUGAUUCGAGCCAUGUGAGCUGAGUAUUCACCCAGAUGACUUAAGGCUAUGAUGGCUAAGUUUUUGGGAAGCCAAAAGGCAUUUUGUUUGGAUAAUUCUAGUGGUGUUUGGUAAAAAUAAUGUGGAGAUUACUUUGAUUUUUGUCAAAAUGUUGAAAAUGUUUAUUAGAGAAAAAUUCCAUUUU